AACCCAUCUACCAAAUCAAAAAUUCAAAAUGUAGUCAUUAGAAAAUAAACAGGAAACCUGUUUUGUUGAUACACUCUCUAAUAUAAUGAAACUUAUAAAUGAUGAUUCAGCAUUUUAGAAGAAAGAUAACAUUAAAUAAUUUGAAGAUAAACUAGAAUCUAUUUAAGAUAAACAAUAAUUAAACAGCCUAGAAUCUUUGCUUGAAAUACUUAUUAGAACUUAGUCUAAUAUAGAAAAAAAAAAUUAUUUACUAAAUAUUAAUUUUAAGUUAUAAACAAAAAUUUUAGAGUAAAAUUAAAAUUUAGAUGAAUUUACUCAAGAAUUAAUUGAAAAAAAUCAACAAUGGAUUGGGAUAUCAUUUUUAAAUAAUGAUGGAAGUUUUGGUAUUUAUAAUAAUAAAAUUAGUACUUUCUGAUUAAAAAACAAGAGAAUUGUUGGAAAUAACAAAAACAGUCAAUGAUUAAAAAUAUUUAUUAUAAUAUUGUUCUUAAGCUGGAUAUAAGACUUUAUGUAAAUAAUUUAAACAUUGGCCAACCUUAUUGGAGGAGGAUGAAUUAUCUAAAGAAUUUUAAAUGACAAUAUAUUCUGAAAGAAUGAGAAGAAAGGCAUUAAAGCAUUUAUCUGCUUAAAGAAUUGAAAAAUUAAAGGAAUGCUAAUAUCAAAAUAAUGAUUAUGAUCAAAAUUAAAGUUAAAAGAAAAAUAAGAAAAGAAUAAAAUAAGAAAUCAAAAUAAAUUAGCAUGAUGCUAUAAAAAUAAAGUAUUUAAAAACAGUAUAAAUAAAAUUAACAAAAAUGACAAUAAAUGUAACUUAAGAAUUUUAAUAAUCUGUUUAAGAAAGUAAAGUCUUUUAAGGUAGUUCAAAUUUAUCUUAUAUGGCAGAAAAUUCAUAAUAAUACUUUAAAGUAGUGAAAUGUGAAAUUCAAGCUUGUCAUGAAAUAGAAGAUAUUACAUCUGAAGAGAUCUUUAAAGAUUAAAGACUUUUAGAAUAUGAAAGUAAUAUCUAUAAUUAAAUUUUAGGAAAAUGGUAAGAUAAAUGUAAGAAAAUUAAAGAUGAAAUAAGAUAAAUGUAAUAUGGCUUAGAGAACUCUAAUUAAGAUUAAUUUUAACCAUUUUAUAGUGAUCAUGAAUUCGAACUCAGUAAUAAUAUAAAGAUUUGA